AGAACUCGGAUGAAUCGUGACAGAUGAAAAAAAGAGAAAGAGCCACGAGGAGCAACGCCCUUCGAUUAGGAUCCCGGAGUGUGUGGAGCCUUCAAAAUAGGAGCAGCCGAGUACGUGCCACGCAUUGUUAACUCAGAGGCCCCCGCUCGGCGAGGGAAAACGCACAAAGCCGCUCAAACUGAUCAGCAGACAGUGGGAGACGACUGAGCCGUGGAGUGCGCCUGGAUGUGCGCAGCGGAGCGUGAAUGCCACUGCGGACGCGCGCGCUUCAGCCUUUUACGACUUUAGUUUUUUCCCUUGCGCUUCGGCCACGUGCGCUAUUUAAUGCUAAAACCUUAUAAACUAAAGAGACACUUGUUUGCGAUGGAACCUGUUGUUGACGCGCAUUGGUCGCGUGCUUGGAAUAUUUGCCUUUGUUGAAAGAUGCUGUCCGGAUCCAGGAGUAAAGCGAAUGAAAAGUGCCACGCGCCCGUUUGACGCUUGAUGCGAUCAUCUGCGCAGCGCGUGAGUACCGUUUCCCAACUUGCGGUUCCUCUCCGCCAGCCCGUGACCCUCCCGUCUUAUCGACGACUCAGCACAUUUGUGACGAGGAUUCCCGCCGCUUGGGAGCGACAUUAAAAGAUUUCACGCACAGUCACUUUUGCUCUUUUCUGUAUUUUGAAGAACGGCUUCUAAAAAUAGCCCGAAUGCCAGCGAGGCUCCAAUGAACAGGUUGGCGUCGGGCUGAAACUUAACACACACGAGGAAAGAUGCUCGAUUGUACGUUUUGAUUUACGCAGCAAAAGGGAUCGUGGCUCAUCGAGGGGGGGAAGACGACGGGUCUGUUAACGACCAUUUUAUUCGCUUAGGAACAUUUUUAGAUCAAUGCAUUUCACUUGAGGACGACGGCGACCAACAGGCGAUCUUGGAAUCAGCUUGUUGAUGGCACUGCGCACCGGGAGGACUUGGUUCGGGCAGGUCUUGCGCAGGGUCUCUCGGCUGCAGGGCUCCUGGUCCAGGCGAUCGAGCAGUCUCUUGUGUCUCUCUGCGAACCAGGAGCAGGACCUGGGGGUCUGUCAUCGAGAUCGCCACAAGGCGGGGGAUUUCCACCGCUGCCCAAACUCCGGCGUUCACCGCGGCCAACAUCAACGGAGCGCACCUUUCUGCGCCUCCACCUCCAGGCGCUGUGCACACGGCUUCCCCCACGCUUGCUGCGCCUUCCAGGGGAAUCCAAGGGGACAUGAGCCCUUCGGUCGUCGGUUCCUGUUGGCCAUGAAGCGGCAAAACGUGCGGACCUUGUCCCUGAUCAUUUGCACGUUUACGUACCUGCUCGUCGGGGCCGCCGUCUUUGACGCCCUGGAGUCCGACUUCGAGAUGCGGGAAAAGGAGCAGCUGGAAGCCGAGGAGAAGCGUCUCCAGGGGAAAUAUAACAUCAGCGAGGAUGAUUACCGCAAGCUGGAGACCAUCAUCAUGGAGUCUGAGCCCCACAGGGCCGGGGUGCAGUGGAAAUUCGCAGGGUCAUUUUACUUUGCCAUCACAGUUAUAACCACCAUAGGCUACGGGCAUGCGGCGCCAGGGACCGACGCGGGGAAGGCCUUUUGCAUGUUUUACGCCGUCCUCGGGAUCCCUCUGACUCUCGUGAUGUUCCAAAGUCUGGGCGAGAGAAUGAACACGUUCGUCAAGUACCUGCUGAAGCGCAUCAAGAAGUGCUGCGGCAUGAGCAUCACCGACGUGUCCAUGGAGAACAUGGUGACCGUCGGGUUCUUCUCCUGCAUCGGGACGCUGUGCAUCGGUGCUGCUGCCUUCUCUCAUUACGAGGACUGGAGCUUCUUCCAGUCCUACUACUACUGCUUCAUAACAUUAACAACUAUAGGCUUUGGGGACUUUGUGGCCCUGCAGAAGAACCGGGCUCUCCAGAAGAAGCCCCUGUACGUGGCCUUUAGCUUCAUGUAUAUCCUGGUGGGCUUGACAGUCAUUGGAGCGUUCCUCAACCUGGUGGUGCUCCGCUUUCUGACAAUGAACAGCGAGGACGAGAGGCGGGACGCAGAGGAGCGGGCCUCGCUCGCUGGCAACCGGAACAGCAUGAUCAUCCACAUCCAGGACGAGUCGCUGCAGCGCGGCCGCCGGCGCCGCGAGGUGUACCGGGCCGAGGUGACUGACCUGCAGUCGGUCUGCUCCUGCAUGCAGUACCACUCGCAUGACUUCGGCAGCUCUGGGGGAGGGAUGGGAGACCUGGGCUGUGCCUUCUCCCAUCAGAACUCGUUCAGCUCGCAGCUGAACCCCAAUCAGUACUUUCACUCGGUCUCCUACAAGAUCGAGGAGAUCUCGCCCAGCACCUUGAAGAACAGCUUCUUCCCCUCCCCCAUCAGCUCCGUGUCUCCGGGCCUUCACAGCUUCACAGACAAUCACCAACUCAUGAGGAGGAGGAAAUCUAUCUGAAGCCUGACACGAUGGACGAAUGACUUUUCAUGUUUUAUAUACAAGGUCAAACAUUUCCUAUGCUGCUCCUUCGAAUUCUUAUUUUAGCACUUUUCUUUUCCCUGGUUGUAUGUAAUAAACCGAUUUGUGAGAAGAACUCAUGGCCACAAUGGGAUGCAAAGCAUGAAGCAUGGAUGUCUAUUUUUCCAAAGGACUACUCCAUUGAAAACAUGAAUACACAAAGACCUUCCCUAAUAUAGAUUUACAAUACGAGAUUUAUUAACGUUGGUUACAUACCAAAUAAUGCACACUUUGGGAAAUGCUAUUUUUCAAAAGGGAGUAUGCUUGUUUCACCUUAACUUGAAGAAAUGUUUACCAUCAUGUAAUGUUCCAUUGUCUCAGUACAGAGAAUAUAAAAUAACUCAAAGCAUCAGGUAUUGUUUUCAAUAAGCAAUCAUACCAUAUAUUUGAAUUAGUUUUGCCACACGUCAAGCCAAAACAUUGUGGCCAAUAUUAGCAUGUGCAUCAGAUGUCAUAUACUGAACGCGCCACAGUUCAGGAGAAGAAGGAGCUGUAGGACAAGAGUGUGCCCUGGGUUAAAAGGAUCAUGCUGCUGUUAUUUACAUAUCCUAUCAUCUGCAAUAGAAAAGCUAUAUUCUCCUCACUGUAUUAUAAUUAUGUACUUGGGUUUGUUUCUUUUUAUACGUUUAUACGUCCUAAUGAGCAUGCAGUCAAAGAAUGUAUGAAUUAAAGCAUUAUGGGACAUGUUGGCCCAGACCUUCUAGCAUUAGCUGAUGGGUCAAUCUGAAGGUAAUGUUACAGGUCCUUGGAAAAGUAAGCGAGCGUCCCAGAGUCCCAAAGUGAACCCAGAUCACAGCCGUCCAGUGUUAAUCCUCAUCAUGUACAUUUUAAACGAAUGCGCUUCACAAAUUUUACACAGUACAGUGUGUGAGGCAUUCUUGUAGCAGACAGCCCUGAGUUAGCUCUAACCCCAAAGCCCUAAGUACAAACUGUCAACAGUGGGCAGACCUACGCUUUGUUGCACUUUACAGCCAUCAGGAAAACACAACGGAGAUAUGCGGUGAAGCCGUGAGCGUGACCCGAGCUGAGUGGACUGCUCACACUCACGGCUCCACAAACAAAACCAAACUCAAUAACAUCAGUAUGAUCCUGUAAAACAUCAGCGAGGAAAGAAAUGAGAGAGAAGAUGGUUGUGUUUGAGGUGAGGUGCAUGAACCUUGUAUGAUGGGGAAUAUUUCAACUUUAGUAUCUUAAUAGCAAAUAGUCUCAAUAAUGACUCAUAACACUACUACUGCUACUUCUUUUGCCAGUAGCUUGUGAAGUGAUACAUAUGAUUUACUACCUUUCUAAUUUACCAUUCAAAUGACGUGUACAAUAAUAUUUGUUCUCAGGUUUGAGUGAAUCACAUUUGCUUCUUUUGCUCCUUUAACAAACUACAAUACCAGACUCAGUCUAGGUCGCUCAGCCAAAACAAUAAAAUGUACAUAUCCAACCCUUUUGGCAAAUAACACGAGGUUUACAAGAAAAAGCAACUGAGAUGCAUUAUCUCACCGAGGCACCUGUGGCACCCACGGCAGACAUGUACACUGGGAACACUGGGAACAAGAGAUCUGCUGGACUGACCAAUACACAGACCACAGGCCUAAUUUUGAGUCCAAGCUGCCUUUGCUUUUCUAGAUUAUUAUCCUUAGCUAAGCUCAAUUAAAAAGACAAACAUGGUUUCUAACCUUCCAUUCUAUGUAUUUAAUGUUGUCAUUGCAAAAUCAAGCUUUGCACUGAGUUAAUGUGCUGUGUAUAUGUUGAAUGAGCAGCUGGUAAAAUGCCAUGAAUCCUAUUUAGUCACAACAAGAAUAACCAGGCAUGGAGGUGAGAUAAGACCCGAAAGCUUUGUUUCCGACUGGAACUCCACUAGCUUAUCUAAAUAACACGUUUCUAAAAACCCUUUUAAAAAAAGUGUCUUUACGAGGCUGAAAUGCAUUUGUAUUUUUCCGGUAGCACCGCAGGUUCCUUAAGGAAACUGAUCAGAAGCUUCAGUAGAUGGGGUUAAUUCACAUAGACAUAUUCCUGCCAAACAACUUCAUCAUGAAAAAGCGCCUCAACCAUUUUUUUAACUACCAGAAGACAUCAUAAGCAGCAAUUUGUACUUUUUCUUUAAUAUUUCUGGCCAUUACAAAUAUAAGUGAUAUUGAAACAUACUGUAGCUUGCACUGAUGCUGGUGCCAGAAACGCAAGCAGUUAGAUGAUUAGACCGCUUUAAAGAACAAGGCUGGCAAUAUUCUGUCAAAUCCCACGAAAAGACCAAAAUCAACAAAGACAUAAUCCUUCUACUAAGUACGUCUGUCUGGCGAUGGACUCAUAUAUCUUAUUUGUGUGCCACAGUGCAGCAUUGUUUUCCACAUACUGUUAAUAUAUACCUGAAGAUUUUUCCUGUAAUCUCCAUUAAAACAAAGCAGAGACAUUGGAAGAGCUUGUUCAGCGCCGAUGCUGUAUCAAGCGCACAAGCGCAGAAAGGUCUCAGAAUGAGUCUUUAGCUUAGCAUUAGCACAGCAACGCAACCAGUAACUGGAGUUACAUAUGAGUUCAAGCUAAAUAAACCUUAUAUCAUCUGGAUCACCAAGACAUUUGAUUAGACAAGUAAUGGAUCAAUAGGCUGCAUACGCACAUUUAUUUGGGCUGAAUGUCUCGAAGGGAAAAGGGAACUCUGAAUGUGUGAAAGGAGUUCGCUUAUCUUGUCUUUUCAUGAAACUGAUUCGCAAAAAUAUUUGAUUUGCUAACAAAAAUAUAGAAAAAAUGUAUUAAAAAAAUCAUCAGUUGGAAGGCAAAUGGUAAAAAAGUGCCUCACUGGACUGCUUUUAGGUGAAGGAAUACUAGCGUAGUCCAUCCUCUUGGGGGUAGUGGGGUCGGGGGGUGGGGGGUUCAGGUUGGCACAUGGCACAAAUGCAUUUCACUCCUAAAAACAGUGGCCAUACGCAGAAUUGUCCUUUAAAUACUUCCACUGGUGAGAGGGUUUGGCAAAUAUCUACCUAGCGUCACCGCCGGCGAUCAGCGUCGUCUGCCUUGGAUUAACUUCACAGUCAAUCUCUUGAGGAAUGUAUCAGCCAUAAUUGUUUUUUUAAGAAAAACAACCUGCAAACAAACCAACUCAUCUGCUCUUCGCGGGUUCUGAGUCCGAUGAUUUACCGUAGCCGCCCCAUGCGUCGGACCCUUCUGCCGCGGUGCCACGUGUUGUUGUCGAUGGCCCUCGACUUUACACUCAACAGAAACAACCCGUGGCCGCUUGGCUGCCACACGGCAUCCGUCCCUUUGUUCUCCCGUGUUCUAUGUAGCCACGCUUGACUUUCAGUUGCCCUUUACUGCCAGAAUGUGCAGGUUAUUCCUCUGUCAACAGUGCCAUGUUUUCCUACGACGGGAAUAAUGAGACACAAAUUGCACUACUGUGUAAUCCAAUAUAACAGAAAGGCUGUGUUCCACUACUUUUGCAAUAGGUUGUUCUAUACUGUAGAUCUGACGAACAAAUAAUGCCAUGUACCAUAUUCUUACAGUAAAUGAUAUCUCAUCUUAUUGGCAUCCAUGUGUUUUGGUGGUCACGUCUCCUGUCUCGGUUUUAGAGCUCAUGUCUGUACAGUACACUCCAGUAUGGGUCCUCUCUCUUUUCAACACAAAGGGAAUGUCAGAACUCAGCGACGUAACAUUUUACAUACCGUUUUCAAUUUGUAUUUCUGUUUUAUUUGUUUUUUUUUUGUUCCUUUUGGUGCGUGUGUGCAUGAUUUGGUGUGGGUGACUCACUGGGCUACAAAGUCUUGGUGAAACCAUAACACACUUGAAUAAAAAAUGAUGAGCCUCCUUAUAAAACUCUCCGUCCUUGUUUAAUGGCCUGACAACUCCAGCAGCUCCAAGAGGCAUCAUUUACAAAGACAAAUACAUAUACGAGCAAUACAAUAAAAAAUAUUCACCAAUUAAUGAAAAAAAAACAGUUGUACAUGAUGAUGAUUGUCAGUUUCUCAAACAAAAUGAAAUCAAAAAUAAAUUCACGACCAACUGUGACCUUACUGUGAUACUUGCCGGGCCUCCAGGCAUCUCUAUAAAUAAACACAAACACUGUGAGUCUGACAUAUUCUAAAUUUUAAACCAGAUCUGAGUGGAACAAACUUAGUUCCGGGCAAAAAGAGAUGUCUCCUACAAACCAGUAAAAAAUAGAAAAACUUUUUAUAAUCCUCCCAAA